UAGACGUAAUCGAAAGUCAUACACGAAUCAUUAUAAAGAACAAAGUAGUCAUUCAAGUCCGCUUUAGUCGGUGCAAAAAACCAAACACCACCGCUCUCGUUCUGAGCCGUUUGUUCCGGCGAAUCUCCGGCCACUUCUUCAUCGGAAUGUCACUUUCCGGUCAGCUCGCUGCCUUUGCCCCAAGAUUGCUUACCAGGUGUUAAAAUGAAUGGGUUUCAGAAUCCUCAAGCUCACAAUAUCGAGAAACCUUUUUUAGGAUGUUUAGGACGUGUGGUGAACCUUUUUGACCAGAGUGCAGGCAUCCCAGAAAAUAGGCUGCUCGCGGAUAAACCUCAUGGUUCCCUUUUGUCCAGGAGUCGUUCAGAUGUGUCAGGAAUGAAUCCGGUUGACAGUCAGAUAGAAGAUAAAGCGACUAAAUCCGAAUUACAAACAACACAUGGAACACCCAUAAAAAUGCUUAUGGCGCAAGAAAUGUUGAAAGAAUUGGAUUUUAAGCAAAAGCCGCCCAGUUUGGUUGCAAAGCUAAUGGGGCUCGACUCCCUGCCGCUCCAGAAGCCUUCAACAGCUUCACAAAGAAGUCACUCCAGAGGUUCUUCACGAAGUAAGUCUUGCGUGUCUUUUGGUUCUUGGCAGGAGGAACAAGAAGUUUGUCAGUCUCAAAAGCACGACGACUACAAAGAUGUUUACGAAGUAUGGCAGCCACACAAUAAAUAUGUUAGUGAUAAAUCGCCUAAACAAGAAAGAUUCGAUGGAAGUUCUAUUGAGAAAAGGAUGUCUCUUGUUCGUCAGAACUUUAUUGAAUUAAAACGUCUUUCAUCUGAUGAAAAGCUUCGCCAUUCCCAAAAGUUUCAGGAUGCUUUAGAGGUUCUAAGUUCGAACAAAGAUUCAUUCCUUCAAUUUCUCCAAGAACCGAACUCAAUGUUCUCCCAACAAUUGUCUGAUAUGCAGUCUAUUUCUCCACCUUCUGAGGCAAAGAGGAUUACCAUUCUUAGACCUGCUAAGGUUGUGGAGGGUAAUAAAAUCACCGGACCGGUCAAGAAGAAUGGAACAAAAAUAAAUGAAAUUUCCCGCCUCGGUCGGGUCAGCAGGCUAGACAAUAGUCCUGGGUUUUCUUCUCCAACGGCUUGUAAACUUGAGGAUAGUCAGGUGCAAGCAACUCGAAUAGUGGUACUAAAACCUAGCCCUGGAAAGUCUCAUGACAUUAAGGCUGUUGUUUCACCUCUUUCCACGUCACCCAAGGCAUUACAUGUGAAAGAUCCGUAUACAGGGUUUGAUGAUGAUGAUACUCAAGAAUCAAGAGAACUGGCAGAGGAGAUUACUCAACCUAUGCAUGAAAAUAUGAGUCGGCAUAGAAGGGAUGAAACUCUACACUCUUCUGUGUUUUCCAAUGGAUAUACUGGUGAUGAAAGUUCAUUCGACAAAUCAGAAAUUGAAUUUGCAGCAGAGAAUCUUAGUGAUUCAGAAGCUAUAUCUCCAACUUCCAGGCAUUCUUGGGAUUACAUAAACAGGCCUGGUAGCUCUUGCUCAUUUUCCUCGUUCAGCCGUGCAUCUUAUUCUCCCGAGUCGUCUGUUUGUCGAGAAGCAAAGAAGAGAUUGUCAGAAAGAUGGGCCAUGAUGGCAUCUAAAGGAAACCAGGAACAGAAACAAUUGAGAAGAAGUUCUAGUACAUUAGGAGAGAUGCUUGCUCUUUCGGAUAUGAACAAGUCAGUGAUAUGCACUGGAAAUCUGACUAACAGUGAACAAGAAAUUAGGACAUCCACAUCAUGUGUCACUGGUGAUUUCAGUAAUGAGGAUAAAUGUGAUGCUCCUGCAAGGAAUAUUUUGAGGUCAAAAUCUAUUCCUGCAUCUUCUAAUGCUUAUGUGGGAGGGCUCCAUUCAGAAGUUUCAGAUUCUAAGAUGGAGAGACCAGACAUAAAUAAGGAGCUGACAAAAACAAAGAGCAUGACGUCAUUGUUGAAGGGAAGGGUUUCAAGCUUAUUUUUUUCAAGGAAUAAUAGAACUGGUAAACAAAAAGCAAGUAAUUCCAGGGAUGAAACUGAAUCAUCCGAAUUGCCAAUACCCUCUUCUGAAAAGGAUGUCGAUAUUAGGUUUCAAGCAGCAGGGGAACUGCCUGAUCCACUCGAAUCAUCAAACAAAGCAUCCCCUUUACAUUCGCUGAUAGACGAACCUGAAGAAGACAUUGUUCAUACCAAGGCUGGAGUCUCAGUAACCGAACCCUGUCCCCUUCAGUUUCCUGUUGAGAACCAGGAGCAACCAAGUCCAAUCUCAGUCCUGGAACCUCCAUUCCAAGAAGAUGAUUUUGGGGAACCUGAAUUAUCUGAUAACUCAAGUGAAGUCCGAAAUGGGUUAGAUCUGCAUGUGCACCGUAACUCCAAUUUUCUUGAUAAAUCUCCACCAAUAGGAUCCGUUGCUCGGACACUAUCGUGGAAUGAUUCUUGUACAGAUGAUGCAAGUCCAUGUCCUAUAAAAUCAUCUUCCGUUCCAGUAGGACCCGAGGAGGAACGACAAGAAUUGGUUUUCCUUGUCCAGACGCUAUUAACGGCAGCAAAGCUCGGCAAUGAGAUGCAGUCUGAGACAUUUUUCGCUAGCUGGCAUUCCCUAGAAAGCCCAUUGGACCCAUCAUUGAGGGAUAAUUACGUAGGCCUAAUUGACGAGACAAUGCAUGAGACCAAGCUGAGGCAUAGAAAAUCAGUGCAAAAGCUUGUGUUCGAUUGUGUGAAUGCAGCAUUGGUGGAAUUAGCUGUUUGUGGGUCAGAUCCAUCGAAAAGCAGGAUCCAUUAUAAUCUUCAGGAUAACAAGUCCAUACUAGACUGUCUGUGGACCCAGAUGGAGUUGUUUCCUGAUGAGAUGAGUUUUAUUGUGGGUGAAGGUGGGGACAGAGAUAGCCUGGUUGCGGAGGAGUUAGUGAGGAAGCAGGUUGCAGGAAAAGGCUGGGUUGACUAUUCGAGCCUGCAAAGGGACGAUUUCAGCAAGGAAAUAGAAGGGAAGUUGCUGCAAGAGCUCGUGCAAGAGGCUGUAGAAGAUUUCACAGGUAGUUUGUGAUGAGAUUUCUUUUUAUGAUAUUAAUUCACGAGUUCUUUUUGGAAUUGUUAUAAUACAACUCUUCGUAAUCAUGUUAUAUAUUCUUCCACGGUAUGGCUCCCGAGCACUCGCAUUUGUUUAGUAAUGCAUAUAUGUUUCAGUAUCCA